AUGGCAUCAAACAAUCACAAUGAUAGCCACGGCAAAAUCCCGAAUACCGGCAAAGAACACACCAUCACUCCUAAUCCUUUAAACGAUACCACUGGGUCAUCAGGUCCCAAUCGAGGAGACACAUCUCUGAAGAAGUCCUGGAAGCCGACUUUUGAUCGUCAACGUAGCUGGAGUAACGAGGACCGCAAGCACAAACUGCAGGAACGACUGCACGGGUCGGAAAAGGGAAAAGAGAUGGGAUUCACAGAGGCGCAUAGUGGGGAUUAG